GACUCCUCAAGAGCUUCUCCCUCUUCCUCAUUUUUUCACAGUGAAAAAAAAGCUAGGGUUUUGGGCUACUCGUCGUGAACCUCACCGCGCCCAUCCUCCGUCGCCAGGCGGAUGUGAGCGCCGGCUCCCUCCGUCGCCGGGGGUGAGCGCCGGCUCCCUCCUUCGCCGGCUGCUCCUCUCCCCCCGUCGCCGGCUGCUCGUCUUCCCUUCUUCUCCUUUUAGCCCCCUUCUUCCUUACGCCCUCUCCUCUUCAGCUCUCUGCGUCGAGAUCUUAGGAUGGCUGAGGCUGGUGGUGGGAAUGGUGCCCAAGGUGGACACCAGGGAGCUUUGCGUUGGACAACCAACAUGUCUAGCUUUAUGCUUAGGCGUAUGGUUGAGCUUAUAGCGCAAGGUGUUAAGACUGACAAGGGUUUCAAGGAAGUCCACCUUAACCAAGUUGCUAGAACUGUCUCUGACCGCUAUGGGUUUGAGAUUAGUGGGACCCAAGUGUACAACCAUCUUCGCAAAUGGCGCACAAGGUGGGUGCGUAUUACUAGGCUCAAAGACAUCAGUGGGGCUCUUUGGGAUGAUACACUGUCAAUGAUUGUCCUAGAUGAGGAGCACUACAUGCUUUAUAUCAAGGACCAUGCUAAGGAUGCUGAGUAUCUGAAUGUCCCUUUAGAGAACUAUACACAGAUGCAAAUUAUCUUUGGCAAUGGGCAAGCCACAGGAAGAUUUGCCAUGGGCUCAAAUGAAGCCCUUGGCAACCCUCCAGACAUGGCUGACAGUGCUCUUGGACCUCUUGAUGGGAUUAUUGGGGAUGUGAUUGCUGCUGGACCAAGUGGUGUUGGUGUUGAAGGUGGUGGGACUGCUGCUCGAGCUAGUGGAGUUGGGCCUACUAGUGAUGAGCCGACUGGAGGAUCUAAUCCAGAUAAGAAGAGGAAGAGAACCCCGGCUUUGGCUGAAGGUGAAGUUGCUCUCAUCACCAACAUGACUGAUUCUGUGAACAAUGUGGCUUCAACAAUACUCGCUACAACACAUACGGAGGUGCAGCCUGAUUUGGAGAACUCAGUGAUGGACCUCCACUACCACCUUAACCACCACAUAGCCAAAUAUACAUAA